CAUCACAACUUCGCUACGAAUGAUGGAAUUGGGUGUGCAAGAUCUAACGAUGGCAUUAGGGGAGCAAUUGUCUUUGACGGCAAAGGAGGAGGUGGGAGUUCAUUUGGAGGAUGGAGAUGAAAUCGAACUCGUUACUGAGCAAUCAAGUUACUACCUUGUGGGAACAGUUCUUAUUAGAAAGCGGUACAAUAUGGAAGCCAUGGAAAACACACUUACUGGCAGAGUGCUAGCCAUCGGUCCAUGGAAGUUCUCAAGCCAUGUUAUGGCUCUUCGAGAGGCACAAGGUGGGAAGCGGAUAACGAAAGAAGACUUGUAUGAGGUCCCCUUUUGGAUUCAAAUCUAUGGUCUCCCACCAGAUUGUUUAAUAGCAGGAACAGGCAAACGUUUAGGGGAGGUAAUGGGGCAUCUCCUUGAAGUGGAUGAUGGUGGAGGGGAUGCAUGGAGCGAGGGAGAAUGGAUGAAACUAGUGCGGAAUGAUGGCUCAGGGAGGCCGUCGGCAAUCCAGUGGCGGUUGGAGUUUGACAAAGACAUGAUUGAGGGAGUAUGUAAGGAAAGCAAUCAAAGUGGCAUAUUACUAGAGGAAAGUCUUGACACAAGUCGGCGUGACACAAGCUGUGAAUUGAGAAUUGAGGCCAUUAGCCACCCUAGCAUUCCGAACAUAAUGGGUACAACACAAGGAGGUCAGAGGAAAUUAAUGACUGCUUUAACUGUUGUAGAUUCUGAAGAUCCAAGCUAUGGGCGCGAGAAUGAGGCAAGAUUGAAAUUUGAACUAGAUGGAACGAUUAACAUUGUUCUAGAAGGCCCAAUGUUGAGCCCAGUGCCACAAGGCCAAAUCAAAUGAAUUAUGAUCCUAGAUCCAUUUUCAUUUGUGUAGUGGGCUCUACUAGUACUACCCCAAGAACAAGGGCGUGGAAAUGCAAGGCUCGUGACAGAAGAUCUACACAAUCUCUUCGGUCGAAAAGGAAGGAUGAACAAGUUUUGUAGGAGACUACAAUCUAGACAAUCUGUGGAAAGAGAGGAAGGGAUGAGGGGUUGGAUGGCAAUCAAAUUAUUCUGUCAGC